AUGGAACACAACCGAGAACAUUUUCGCGCCAUAAUUUAUUACAACUUUCAGAGACAAUUAUCGCAACAAGAAUGCCUUGCUGAGUUACUGUCUGUUUUCGGCAAUGAAGCGCCAUAUCAGUCGACAAUUUCCCGUUGUCUUAGCGACGAUCCCAGUGUUGAGGCGUCCUUGAAGAUCUCAAAGACCUCAAUUCAAAAAAUUUUACAUGAAGAAUUAGGAGUAAGAAAAUUACAGAAAGCAGCCAGGGUUAAUUGGUGUCAAAAAACGCUUGACCGUUUCAAUUCCGGAAACUCAAAAAAUGUGUACAGCAUUGUUAGUAGUGAUGAAUCGUGGAUUUACUGUUAUGAACCAGAAAAUAAACGACAGUCGGCUAAAAGCCAACAAGUCAUCUGUUCUCGAAGUGUUUCGAAAAAGAUGGUCGCGACAUUUGUGUCAAAAGCGGGUCAUAUUGCAACAAUUCCUCUUAAUGAGCAAAGAACUGUUACUGCAGAUUGGUAUACCACCAUUUUUUUGCCAAAACUCAUCACCGAGCUUCGAAAAAUCAACCCCGAAAGAAGGAUCAUCCUUCACCAAGACAAUGCAAGCUCGCACCAAGCCCAAAAAACAAGGCAGUAUUUAACGGAAGAAAUCGUGGAAUUAUUGGACCAUCCUCCAUAUAGUCCCGAUCUAAGUCCUAACGAUUUCUUUACUUUCCCGAAAAUUAAAAACAGACUGUGUGGUCAAAGGUUCCACUCACCAGAAGAAGCAGUUGACGCAUUCAAAAAUGCCAUUUUGGAUCUGCCAGCAAACGAGUGGAAUAAGUGCCUCGAAAAUUUGUUCGAGUGCAUGCAGAUGUGUAUUAAUCUUCGUGGAGAAUACUUCGAAAAACAAUAA